ACAAGGAUAAGAGCGCUCAGCAUGGCACAUCCACUUCCCACUAGAGCACAUUCUCAUAUGUAGGACAGUACAACGAACAUCUUGCUCCCUGCCCUUUUGGAAGUGAAGAAACUGCGGGUGACUGCUAAUCUUUAACUUUGUCACUUUCUCCCUGGUCCAGGGCUACAAUGUGUUUCUUAGCCAUUCCACCUUUAUCACCUCUAUAGUGCACCUCUGCCACCAAGAACAGCAAGACAAUGUGUAAAGAUCUGUACUGUGGCUCAUCAUUCUGAUGUGUUCUAGCGUGUAGGUACAUGACUGAUCUGAUCAAGUUCGCAUCUCCUAAUGCUCUCAGAACACUCUUUGGUCAGCAGAGAAUCAUGAACAGUACCUGUAAUAACAUCGACUUUAACUCGGACAGAAUCUUCUUCUGCAUCCUUUAUGGCUUCAUCUUCUGCAUCGGGAUUCCCAUUAACUGCCUAGCCUUGUUUGGCCUGUACCGUCUAGUGAAGUCCGAGAACGGUCUGCCCGUUUAUGUCAUUAAUCUCCUGCUCUCUGAUAUCCUUCAAAUUUGCACACUUCCUUUGUGGAUUCACUACUACAGCUAUGGACACCAGUGGUAUUUUGGAGCUACCUCCUGUAAGAUUAUGGGCUGUAUUUUCUAUAUUAGUCUCUAUGCCAGCAUCUUCUUCCUUUGUUGCAUUGCAUUGGAACGCUACCUGGCUAUUGCCCACCCUCUGAAGUUUCCAACCAUCCGCCGGCUGUGGUUUGCCUGCCUCCUUUCUCUGUCUUUGUGGAUGUUUAUUACCAUAAUUCCUGCAGUGGCCUUUAAGGUGCUUUUCCCAGAAAGCAACAACAGCUUGUGCAUUGAAAAGUACCCCUCCAAGAUGGAUUUCAUCACCUACCGGAUAAUUACCUUGAUUCUGUCUUUUUUCUUACCAUUGGCUUUUCUUCUUUUCAUGUACCUCGGUACAAUGAGAAGUCUUAGUCAUGUCCAAUCUGUGAAUAAAUCUGAGAAGAAACGCAUCAGAGGCCUGCUCAGUCUGCUAGUGCUGAUAUUCUUGCUGGUGUUCGGACCCUACCACCUCACUGGCUGUGUCAAGUACAUUGGUCUGGUGUUCAGCAGUGACAUUUGUGAGUUUGAGGCUCGGAUCUUCAUUUUCUAUCAAGUUGGCAGGGGGUUUCUUAGUCUGAACAGCCUCUUAGAUCCCAUCCUGUAUAUAUUCCUCAGAAUGGAUUUCCAGGAGCAGGUCCUCUAUUUUAUUCCAUGCUGUCAGAAGCUUUUCAGCCUGAUGGACAGCAAAAGUGAAGUUGAGCCCAAAGGCACCAUCAGAAUGUCAGAACACACUGAUAGCACCAACCGGUCUCUUUAGGCUGUGCUGGUCAAGUUCAAGUUGGCAUGGGGUUAUAGGAGCACUCAUGCAGUCACCGCUAUGAGCAGCACCUAAUCUGGAUUUAUUAUCAGAACAAUUGCAACAAAAACAAGCCAUCCAGCUCAGCAAGCUCGUCCAUCCUAUUCACUGUGGAUUCUCGAUUUUAGAUCAAUGUGUUCUAAUAUGGAUUUUAAGAAAUUGCAGAUGAGUUUAGAGAUGUUUAUACUGAACCUAGGGCUGCCCAUAUUGAAUCUAUGAAUGUAUAAAGUGAAUUUGGAACUCGUAAUAUUGAAUCAGUAUAGCGUGUGUGGAGUGAAGUACUGCACAUUCAAUGCAUCCUUGGGCGCCAUGAGGCCCUGGAGGGAUACAGUAACUCCAAGACUAAACAGACUAGGAAUAAUACAUCUAGGGCUGUGACUAUUGAGUCUGGGCCUAGCCAUACUAAAUCCAAUACUGGGUGUUGAAUGUUUAGAGAUAGCCCAGCCUUUAAAUCUGUGGGUAUGGAUAUUCAGUUUGAGGAUGGAAAUAGUGAAUCCAUAACUGAGCACACUAAAUCCGCAACCUGGCACAAUCAGCCUUUGAAUGGGUGAGCUGUGUCUGGGGUUAGUCUUACUCAAUAUGUGCCUGGGUAUAGUAAAUCUGGAGCAGACAAUACUGAACUUGUGUCUCCACGUAGUAAGAUUGAGAGUAAGUAUAAAAAUAAAUAUAAAUCUGAGCAUGCUGUAUCUGUAACGAGACGUAGUGAUUCCAGGGCAGCUGACCAAGGCCACAUUAACCCAAUGGGCUAAAGGGUCUACAGUAGGGCCUCAUCCACAAGGUGGCACCCUCAACAUGAUGGCAAAGGUCAUUUUAUUUUUUCAAAAGUACAAUUAAAAGAAAAAGUGUC